AUGGAAGAAACCCCAACAGCAGCAGUACGCAAGUUCCGCCCCGUAGUAAUAUCAGGACCGUCCGGCACGGGCAAAUCAACUCUGAUAAAAAGACUCUUCGCUGAUUACCCAGACACAUUUGCCCUUUCAGUUUCUCAUACAACCCGCUCUCCACGCCCCGGCGAACAAGAUGGCCGCGAAUACUACUUCACAACAAAAGAUGCCUUCAAAUCCCUCAUCGACGAAAGGGGCUUUAUAGAAUGGGCCCAGUUCAGCGGGAACUACUACGGUACCAGCACUAAGGCCGUAAAAGACGUAGCGGAGAAGAAGCGCAUUUGCGUCCUGGAUAUUGAGAUGGAGGGUGUCAAACAAGUAAAACGCACAGAUCUAAACGCGCGCUUCCUCUUCGUUGCGCCGCCCUCGCUGAAGGUACUGGAGCAGCGCCUCCGUGGCCGCGGGACGGAGACGGAGGAGAGUCUUCAGGCGCGCCUGGAGCAGGCGCGGAAGGAGCUGGAGUUCGCGAAAGAGCCGGGCGUUCAUGAUUUAGUUAUUGUUAAUGAUGAGUUGGAGGCCGCAUAUGGGGCGUUGAGGGAGUGGGUGGUUGAUGGGGGGAGGUUUGGGGAUGGGGAUUGA